CAGGCUACGGAGUUUCUUUGCUUUUAUUAUGAAGUCCGGAAGCUGUCCCUGACCUGGAAAUGAUUUAGUUUAUUGUAGGAAGUUUUCCGCCACAAGAACGACGCUGAUUUAACGGAGGGACGAAAAGUCGGAAGCCAGAACGGUAUGGACUCUCCUGGCAGAAGUCGAAGUCCUAGUCCUGCGCAGAGAGAACAGAGUGAGCCUUCAGAAAACAAGUCUAGUCCAGCAGCAGAGCGGCCCCAACUGACUGGUUCGGUUGAGAGAAGCCCCAAAGAGAGUCCGUCCCCUCAGGCCAGUCCAGCAGGCAGGCCACAGUCCAGAAGCCCUGCCUCCAACAGCAGCAGCAGCAGCAGCAGCAGCAGUGACGAUGAGGAUGAACAUCACGGGACACUGAGGAAGAUUAGGAGUAGUGUGGCUCAGAUCAAAAGAUCAAGAUCCAAGUCCAGGUCCAGGGAGCGAGACAGAUCAAGAUCCAGAGGACAUGACAGGUCCGGGUCUAGUGGACGUGACAGGUCUGGGUCCAGAGAGCGCGACAGGUCUGGGUCCAGAGGACGCAACAGGUCCAGAUCCAGAGGACGAGGCAGGUCCGGAUCCAGAGGACGGGACAGGUCCGAGUCCAGGGGGCGAGACAGAUCCAGGUCCAGGGGACGCGACAGGUCCAGGUCCAGGUCCAGAGGACGCGACAGGUCCGGAUCCAGAGGACGUGACAGGUCCAGGUCCAGAGGACGAGACAGGUCCAGGUCUCGAUCCAGAGAGAGAGACCGGGAACGCUACAACAGAGGACGCUAUACACGGGAUCGUUAUGACGAUCGCCGUGAUGACAGGGGUGGGCGUUUUGACCGGCGGGCCAAUUGGGAUGAAGAGUCAGAUCACAGGAGGCGUGGCCGCUCUGCCUCCCCUCCAACAGGCAAGGAGCCAGCAGCGGCUGAUGAACCACCUGUCAAGAGGAAGAAGGAGGAGCUCGACCCGAUCCUGACGAGGACCGGUGGAGCUUAUAUCCCCCCUGCCAAGCUACGCAUGAUGCAGCAGCAAAUCACUGACAAGAGCAGCCUGGCCUAUCAGAGGAUGAGCUGGGAGGCUUUGAAGAAGUCCGUCAACGGUCUCAUCAACAAAGUCAACGUGUCAAACAUCGUCAAUAUCAUCCAGGAGCUGCUGCAGGAGAACAUCGUCAGGGGGAGGGGUUUGCUGGCUCGCUCGGUGCUGCAGGCUCAGACAGCUUCACCGAUUUUUACGCAUGUUUACGCUGCCCUUGUCGCAAUCAUCAACUCCAAGUUCCCUCAGAUUGGAGAGCUGAUUCUAAAGCGCCUCAUCCUGACAUUCAGGAAGAGCUACCGUCGCAACCUCAAGCAACAGUGCCUGACAGCAUCAAAGUUUGUGGCGCAUCUCAUCAACCAGAAUGUGGCCCACGAGGUUUUAUGCCUGGAGAUGCUCACUCUACUGCUGGAGCGUCCAACUGACGACAGCGUGGAGGUCGCCAUCUCCUUCCUGAAGGAGUGUGGACUGAAACUGACCGAGGUGUCCCCAAGAGGAAUCAACGCCAUAUUUGAGCGCCUCAGGAACAUCCUCCAUGAGUCAGCCAUUGAUAAGAGGGUCCAGUACAUGAUCGAAGUGAUGUUUGCCAUCAGGAAGGACGGUUUCAAAGAUCAUCCAGUGGUCCCAGAGGGCUUGGACCUGGUGGAUGAGGAGGACCAGUUCACCCACAUGCUGCCCCUGGAUGACGAGUACAACUCUGAGGAUGUGCUCAAUGUGUUCAAGAUGGAUCCAGACUUCCUGGAGAACGAAGAGAAAUACAAAACCAUUAAAAGAGAUAUCCUGGACGAGGGCAGCAGUGAUUCAGGAGAGGAGGGAGACGGCAGCGACGAAGAUGAAGACGACGAAGAUGAGAACGAUGAGGAGGGAGAAGGUGAGAAGGUCACCAUCUUUGAUCAGACGGAAGUCAACCUCGUUGCUUUCAGAAGAACCAUCUACCUCGCUAUACAGUCCAGUUUGGACUUUGAAGAGUGUGCUCACAAACUGAUCAAGAUGGACUUUCCUGAGAGCCAGACGAAAGAGCUGUGCAACAUGAUACUGGACUGCUGCGCUCAACAGAGAACCUACGAGAAGUUCUUUGGUCUGCUGGCCGGGAGGUUCUGUCUGCUGAAGAAGGAGUACAUGGAGAGUUUUGAGGGGAUCUUUUCAGAGCAGUACGAAACAAUUCACCGACUGGAGACCAACAAACUGAGGAAUGUGGCUCGACUGUUUGCUCACCUACUGUACACAGACUCGGUGCCCUGGAGUGUGUUGGAGUGUAUCAAGAUGAGUGAGGAGACCACAACCUCGUCCAGCAGGAUCUUUGUGAAGAUCCUUUUCCAGGAACUCUGUGCCUACAUGGGCCUCCCCAGACUCAACCAGAGGCUCAAAGACUCGACUCUGCAGGUGUUCUUUGAGGGCCUUUUUCCUCGCGAUAAUCCAAGAAACACUCGCUUCGCCAUCAACUUCUUCACCUCCAUUGGACUGGGUGGACUGACGGACGAGCUAAGGGAACAUUUAAAGAAUGCUCCCAAGAUGAUCAUGACUCAGAACCAGGAAGUGGAGUCCUCUGACUCCUCGUCGUCCUCUUCAUCCUCCUCUUCCUCAUCGGACUCCUCCUCCUCAGACUCCUCCAGCGACUCGGACUCCGACUCCUCAGACUCCUCUAGCAGCAGCAGCAGCAGCUCAGACUCUGACAGCAAACAAAAGAAGAAGAAGAAGAGAAAAGAACAAAGUGAGGAGAAAAAGAAGAGGAAAGAAAAGGCCAAGAAAAAGGACAAACCCUCUGAGAAGAAGAGAGACAGGCGCAAGAACAACGAUGAGGAGGACAGCGACAAUGAGAAGCGAGCGAGAAGGGAAGGGAAAGGCCGUGCACGUGAGGUGGAGGAACGCGUGCAUGCACGUGAGGCAGAGGAGCGUGCACGUGAGGGCGCCCGUCGGAGUAGACGAGAUGAAAGAUCAGAGGAAAAAGAGCAGCGGGAGGAGGAUAGGAGACGAAAAAUGGACGUUCAGGGCAGACAAAGAGAGGGAGACAGGGAGAGAGAGAGAGGGAGGGAAAGAGAGAGAGUGAGGGAGCGAGACAACGAAGAGAAGAGAGAGAGGGAGAGAGAGAGAGAAAAGCAGAGAGACAGAGAGAGGAAUAAAGAGAAUGGAGACAGGAACAGAGAGAGAGAGGAGAGGAGGAGGAGAUAAAACUGGUUCAUCCCUUCAUCUUGAAGCAGCAGGAAUGGACUGAUGACCGAGAGAGAAGUAAUGUCUCCAUCAUUCCCUUCUGUCAUCCCUCUCUUCUUUACCUCAUCCUGUCACUCUGGUGUUGGAUUUGGGUCCUAUCAAUCCCUCUAUCUCCAUUUGUUUUUUUUUUAUUAUUGAUUUUUGUUGUGAUGAAAUGUAAAAAAAAAAAAAAAAAAGACAUUAAAGUUGUUUCUGAUGUUUUUUUU